AUGAGUACCCCCGCAUCAGGCGUCCUUUACUCGGCCAGUGUUUUGCUGGCGCCGGGAUCCCGGGGUCCGAGCGAUGUUAAGACCACCAAGGCCCAUCACACCGCCAAAGGCUUCAAGAAUCCAUGGGACUCCUGGCAAGACAUCACGUUCGCCUUUGCUGCACGUUUCUGGUGGCAGAUGAUCACGGGCAAAGUCAAGUUCCCAAGCACGGCGCCUCCGACUGUCCCUGUCCAGACACCCGAAUUUCUGGCCAGUCGCAACACUCCCCAGCUACGCGCGACCUGGCUCGGCCAUGCCUGCUACUAUGUCGAGUUUCCCAGCGGCCUGCGGGUGCUGCUCGACCCUGUCCUCGAGGAGCGCUGCUCGCCGCUGUCCUGGCUCGGCCCUAAGCGAUACACCGACCCGCCCUGCCAGAUCAAGGACAUUCCUAUCAUCGACGCUGUCGUGAUCUCGCACAACCACUACGACCACAUGUCGCACCCCACGAUCACGGAGAUCUUCAAGAAGCACCCCAACUGCCAUUUCUUCGCUCCGCUCGGCAACAAGAGCUGGUUCGAGCAGCUGGGUAUCAAGAAUGUAACCGAACUCGACUGGUGGGACGAGUGCGACCUGGUCCUGUCGCCUUCCCAAGACUCCCCGGCCAAAGUCGAGGGUGCGGUGGAAGACGUCAAUUCGCAGUCAUCACCUUCUGAGGUGAUCAAGGCGCGCAUUGGCUGCCUGCCGUCGCAACACACGAGUAACAGGGGCAUCUUUGAUCGAGCCAAGACUCUUUGGAGUUCGUGGUCGAUCGAGUCGGGGGGCAAGAAAUUAUACUUUGCUGGAGACACCGGAUACGCAGCAGUCCCCGAACUCCCAGCCGGCACCAACGACCACGACCCCGAGCACAAUUUCCCCACCUGUCCCGCCUUCAAACAGAUCGGACAGUACCGGGGCCCCUUCGAUCUCGGUUUGAUUCCCAUCGGCGCCUACGCACCCAGAUGGUUCAUGAGCACCAUGCACGCCGACCCUCACGACGCAGUCAAGAUCUUCCAAGACACCAAAUGCAAGCGCGCCAUGGCCAUUCAUUGGGGCACAUGGGUCCUGACCGAGGAGGAGGUGCUCGAACCGCCGCAGAAACUCAAGGAGGCAUUGCGCGAACACGACCUUCCCGAGACGGGGAUUUUCGAUGUCUGCGAUAUCGGCGAGAGUCGCGAAUUUUGAAAGGAAGGAAAGAGAUGAUAGGGGAUUUGUUGGUGUGUUGACACUUGGUUCCGAGGUUCUUUUAUUUUUGCAUGUACCACCAACAACCUUUUGUGAGAGUCCGAUUGUCUGGUGUAAAAGAAGUCUCUCCCCUUCCCGACUUUCGAUAUGAUGCUCUGGCUUUACGGGUUCGAAUGUACUUUUUUCUGUAUGAUAUGUUGGUAGAAGUUAGUGCUUGAAUCUCAUGUACAUUAAUGCAAAGUAGCAACAACAAGAGGGUU